AUGCAGAAUCUCUGCCACAAUUGUGGAGAAAAGGAUCACUGGGCUACGAAAUGCCCCAAAGGAACUUGCAGAAUCUGCAGACAAGCCGGACACUACACGUCCAUUUGCAAAGAACUCUUCAGCUCUCAGGAAACCCGUCAAAAGCCUCCACUCCGAGAAGUACCACAGAAGCAGGGAACGAAGCCUCAACUACCCAAGACCAAGACUAUAGCUGCGCUACGAAAGAUCAAUAAUACGUCUUGGUCGACAACUAGACCGCGUGGCAAUACGAAUAAAAUAAAUCUAUCCGUAUCUUUGGAAAACCCUCACAAUACCACAAAGACUUCGAAAAUAAAUACGGUCGCUUCGAAUGACUUUAGCAAAGGGGAAAGGAAAGCUUCAGACGCAGUUUUUCACGUCAGCAACACAACGAACGUUCUCAUUCUGGCGGGACAAGCCGGAGUACUUAAUCCGACAACAGAAGCGUUAGAACCAGUCUACGUGAUUCUCGAUACAGGAGCUGACCGAUCGUUCAUCAGUAGCAGUUUGGCUGAGCGCCUCCAGCUGAAAGACGUAGAUUCCAGUCGUCUAAGCAUCAACACCUUCGGCGCUCACAAGCCUUUCGAAAAGACUUGCGGCAUCACGGUUCUCCGCAUGUGGGAUGCUGAGAGAGUUCCACAUACGUUCACAGUAACGAAAAUCGAUACCAUUACAAAACCAUUAACAAGAAGCAGACUAAGUCAAGAGGACAACCAGUUCCUGUUCGAAAACGAUAUUCAUCUCUCCAUCAACCAUACUGUCGAGAAGAUCCAGCCAGAUAUCCUUCUUGGCUGCGCCGAUCUUUUCUCACUCCUCAAGGAUGGACUAGGAGCUCAAACGACACUCCGAUCCGGAUUGAAAGCAAUCCCCUCGAGACUGGGAUAUCUCAUAUCUGGACGAAGCGGCGAAGAGUUAGUCAACUCGGAAAGUUCGGUACAAGUGGCCCAAACAAUAGCCUUAGAGGACACAGAUAAUGAUUUUGCGCAGACUUGGGAACAGUUCUGUGAAUUCGAGAAGUCCGGGGUUAAGGAAUUUUCGGGUCCAAUAACGGAGGAACUGAAGCAGACAGGCGCAGAAGUCUGGAAAGCUUUUGAAGAAACUAUUGAAAAGAAAGAAGAUGGAUACUAUCUGCGCCUUCCAUGGAAGAAGGAAACAAGCGGACUUCCUGACAAUAAAUCGACUGCAUAUCGUCGUCUGCAAGCAAAUCUUUCUAAGCUUAGGAAGGAUCCCAAUCUACUGCAGCAGUACGACGACACGGUCAAGAGUCAACUCGAGCUGGGUAUCAUCGAAGAAGUUGCUGAGGAUUUAACAGUCGAGGAAGGAGAAGUUGUGCACUACCUAGCACAUCAAGCCGUUGUCACGCCGCACAAAGAAACUACCAAGCUACGCGUUGUGUUCGAUGCUUCAGCACAUCUAAGCAAUUCCCCGUCGCUGAAAGACGUUCUCUAUCAAGGACCAGUCAUUCUUCCGAAGAUGUGGGACAUCUUGCUCCUGUUUAGAUUUGGAGAUGUUGUCAUCAUCAGCGACGUUGAAAAAGCCUUUCUGCAAGUACGGCUGCAUCCCAAAGGCAGAAAUGCAACAAGGUUCAUAACGCAUGUCGAUGACCAGCUUGCCAAGGAAAUCGAAGACAACACAUAUGUGGACAAUCUCAUCGUAACCAAAAGAUCAUCAGGGUUGCGGUUUUACAACGAUUCGAAAGUCGUUUUCAAGGAACUCAAUAUGAACCUUCGCGAAUUUGAAUCCAAUGAUAAGCAGUUGAAGAAACGAAUCACGUCCGCCGAUCUAGCUGGGAAUGAUAAUCCGAAAGUCCUUGGAAUACUAUGGAACACUGAAAAAGAUGAACUAGUGCUUUCGUGCAACUACCCUCCGAAAGCGAAAGUGACAAAGAAGUCAGUCUCAGAACAAGUUACUGCAAUAUACGACCCUCAGGGAUGGCUCACACCUCUCAUGCUGGCCGGUAAAAGAUUCCUCCGAUCGCUGUGGAAAUUCGACUACGCCUGGGAUACGAAGAUAUCUGAAGAGCAUCAGCAACAAUGGAAGGAUAUCAACCAAGCAGUCAGUGUGUGUGGCUUUCACUAUGUGUUGCCGCGAGAGGUUGCUCAGAUCGACACUCCAACAAAGCUUGUGCUGUUCUCAGACGCUAGCGGACAAGCUAUGGCAAGGUGUACUUACCUUGCUUCCACCCUGGGAAGCAAUUUACUCGCUGGAAAAUCCAAACUUCCACCCAUCAAAGACGUGAUGAUUCCAAAAUUAGAGCUCAACGCCGCUACAAUGGCUACUCGAGUUGCACACUCAAUCUUUAUGGUGAUCCAGUAUCGCACAAGGAUCUCAGAAACAGUCAUCCUGUCUGACUCACAAAUUACCCUCAAAUGGAUCGCAUCGCCUUUACCUGCCGAAGAAAGAGCAGGAGUAUUUGUUAAGAAUCGUGUAACCGAGAUACGAAAGAUUGUGAAGGACAUCCCAGUCAAUGUUCACUUUGGAUAUGUGAGCACCGCAAUGAAUCCAGCAGACUCAGCAACAAGAGGAGUCGAUAAGGACGACAUGACUGACCAUAUGUGGUGGAAGGGACCAAAGUUUAUCCUGGAUCCAAUAGAGCAAUAG